ACGCCCCCCCCGGUCACUCCCGCUCCCCCCAGGGACGCGGCUCUGGCUGUGGCUGAAGUCUCGCUGCUCUCCCUCCUCUUCCUCCUGGCUGUCACCAGCAACCUCCUGGUGCUGUUCGCGCUCCGCCCCGCUCCCCGCGCCCCCCGCGCCCCCGGGCAGCCCCCGGCCCGCCCGGCGCGGCCGCUCCGCCGCUACCUGCGGCACCUGAGCCUGGCGGACCUGGCGGCGGCGGCGGGGCUGGUGCUGCCGCAGCUGCUCUGGGACCUCACGGACCGGUUCCGCGGCCCCGACCCGCUCUGCCGCCUCACCAAGUACCUGCAGGGCGUCGCCAUGUUCGCCUCGGCAUACGUGGCCGUGGCCAUGGCGUGGGACCGGCACCGGGCCAUCUGCCGGCCCUUGGGGACAGCGCGGGGGACAAUGCCCACCAGGUGCCUGUCACAGGCCACCCUGGGGGGUUCCUGGGCCACCACAGGGAUGUCCAGGGCCACCAUGGGGGGGUCCUGGGCUGCCAUGGGGGACUCUGGGACCACCAUGAAGAGGAACCAGGCCAGUACGGGGGUCCCUCAACCCACUGCAGAUGGGGACUCUGGGGCCACCACAGCAGAGUCCGGGGCCACCCCAGCUGGAUCUGGGGCCACCACGGCGGGGCCUGGGGCCACCAUUCAGGACUACAGGACCACCACAGAGGGGACCGGGCCCACCAUGAAGAGGAACCGGGCCAGCACGGGGGUGCCUCGAUCCACCCCUGCUGGGGACUCUGGGGCCACCACGGAGGGGUCCGGGGCCACCACAGCUGGAUCUGGAGCCACCAUAGAGGACUCUGGGACCACCACAGAGGGGACCAAGACCACCAUGAAGAGGAACCAGGCCAGCACGGGGGUCCCUCAACCCACUCCAGAUGGGGACUCUGGGGCCACCACGGCGGGAUCCGGUGCCACCACAGCUGGAUCCGGUGCCACCAGGUGGUGGUGGCGGGUGGCUGCGGGCCAGGCUCGCUCGGUUCUCUCCCGGUUCCGCUCGGUUCUGUCCCGGUUCCGCUCGGCUCUGUCCCGGUUCCGCCGCCGCUGGGACGCUCUGGCCACGGCCUGGGCCCUGGCUCUGCUCUUCGGGCUGCCCCAGGUCGGCAUCUUCGGGCAGCGCGAGGUGGGCCCGGGCGAGAGCGACUGCUGGGCGGCGUUCGCGCAGCCCUGGGGAGCCCGCGCCUAUGUCACCUGGGUGGCGCUGGCCGUGCUGGUGGCGCCGGCCGUGCUGCUCGGGGUGCUGCUGGUGGCCGUGGCCCGCGCGCUCCGAGGCUCCCCCGGCGGUCCCGGCGGGCUCGGCCGGGCCCGCGCCAAGAGCCACCGCAUGGCCGUGGUGGUGCUGGGAGUGUUCGUGCUCUGCUGGACGCCCUUCUUCUGCGCCCAGCUCUGGGCCGUGUGGGACCCCCGAGCCCCCCGGGAAGGACCCGCGUUCACCAUCCUGAUGCUCCUGGCCAGCCUGACCAGCUGCACCAACCCCUGGAUCUCGGCCGCCUUCAGCACCAGCCUGGCCCGGGCCAUGGGCAGGCUCCUGUGUCCCUGCCGCCACCGCCAUGGGGACACCGGGUGACAUCGGUGACACCGGGUGACACAGGGUCACACAGGGCCAUGCCCCGAGUGCUGUGUCCCUGCUGUCACCGCUGCAGUGACACCGGGUGACGCCGGGUCGCAUGGGGUGACACGAGGUGACACAGGGUGACACAGGGUAACAGGGCCAUGGCCCAUGGCCUGUGUCCCUGCUGCUGCUGCUCAGGUCACACGGGGUGACAGGGGUGACACAGUGUGACACGAGGUGACACAAAGGCCUGAACGAGGAUGGGGCUCACAAUGGUGACUUGUGUGACACGAGGACA